ACCUGCAUAAUUUCCGAUGACAAGCACCUGUUCUUGUCUGAUUCUGGAUUAAUCCUUCAGAAUUUACAACUAGAGAAUCCAGUUUUGCAGUAUGUGAUAUCUGUGUGCAUAGCUUUCCACAAAGAACAUGGAUUUGGACUGAAGUCUUUGCUAUACCUAAUUACAGAAAUUUACAAACUGUCUAGCUCAUUACAUCAACAGGGUAUUCCAAUUUGCAAGAUUCAAGAACAUUUAGAAGCAAGUUUUAGAAUUUGCAAAGAAAAAACUAAAGAUCUAGAAAUCCAGAUAAAGACAAGUUUGACACCUCAGCCAAAGGAUGACAAAACAGACUCAUAUUUCACUGCUCAAGAACCAAGAAAGGAGUGUAGUUUAUGGAUACCAGACAAAUCAUUGAAUACCUCCAUUUCAAAAAAGCAAAAAUUUAAUCUUGAUAGUAAUAUUGAUGAAACAUGUACAGGAAAAUCAACAGAAGUAUGUAAUAUUUCUCCAAUUAGGCUGAAGAUGUUGAACAUUCAGGCAGAGGAUGAGGAAGAUGUAGAAGAUGUGACCUGGUUCUUCACUGAAGAUACACCACUGGAUACCAGCCAAAUCAAUGGACCGGAAGCUACAUUCAGCACAGGGUGUGGAGUAGUUGGUCAUUUUGAUGUAGAUGUGGAUGAAGUGGUUAAGGAGGGAGUACAAUUCAUGUCCUUGAAAAAUGAAGAAGGUAGAGAAUCUAAUGAUGAUGAAUUCAAGGAUUGUUUUGAUGAUAUUCCAAAGGUGGUGAAAUCCCAAACAUUUCAAAGCACUACCUGUCGUGUUGAUUCACAGACUUCUCAGAAAACACAACCAUCAAUAACAAUGGGUUGUUUAAGUCACAAUACAAAGGUUAGUUGUUAUAAGUCAUGGGAAUCUAGACUUCAACAAAAAGUCUCUCAGCUGAAAUGUCAAGAUGAAAAUGAAUUUGACCAGAGCUUUGAAAAAUCCCCUAGAAAGCCAGGUGAUAUCUGUGAACAAGACCUUGAAAAUAUGAGUAUAAAGCAACAGCAACUUAUUGAAAAACUCCAGAAAACAUCAAAGGUCAAAAGUAGCCACAAUCAAGUCUGGAACUGCAGUAGACAUUUCAAAACGAUGGAAUCCACUGUAAAAGAGUUAAGGGGAGAAAAUGAUCCAAACCACAGUAGAGAAAUGUCAACUACCCAAGAGGAAAUGUCAGUAGAUAGUUUUCCUGCAACUGUUCAUGAAAAACUCGAGACCAAAGACACUGAGUCAGUCAAGAAUUUGAAUGAUUUGAUUUCAAAAUUGAGAAUCCAAACAUCUUCAUAUAAAAUAUUCAAUAGGAGCAGACACUACAAAACUGUAAAAUCCACUUUAGAUGAACAACAUGGAGUGAAGGAUGAUGAUCUACUAACUGUUAAGGAAAAAUACUUAAAGAUACAACUGCUUGAAAAAACCAAAAAUAUUUCCCUGAAUGAGGGAGAUGAAGAAUUUUCCUUUGCCAAUCCAGGGAACCAGUCCAUUGGAGAUGUAGCAUACCAAACAAUAGCCAAGGGAGUGAGACAGGAUUGUAAGGAUGUUUUAGGGGGAGAUUAUUUGGACAUAGAUGUAGGAUACCAGUCAAUAGCGAGAGGACUCAGUCAUGGUUGUGAAGAUGUAAUGGAUAUUGUUCUCAAAGUAGUUUUCAUGCAAACACCAAAUCAGGAUGCACUGAAGUUAAAUGUAUCUGGUGUCAGUGUUGUGACCUCAACUGUUGGCUUUCUGUCGGACAAUCCUGUUAUAGUGGAUGGGACAGUGAUUGAAGUUUCCAGUGAUGUCAUCACAGGUUUAGUCAACAAAGGGAGACAAAUUCUCAGAACUGUGGUCAUAAAUGGUGAUAUCACAACUGCAUUCCGUCAUAAGGGAUACAAGUCUACCCUGGACACAGUGAACACCAGCAUCUCCUCCCAGCAAUACAUCACUCAGAGAGAGGAUGCCUGGAUAGAACAGGUCAUCCAAACUCUGGAAAUGGAACAGAUAGAUGCUGUAUUAGCCAGUGGUAAGAUCUGUCCUGAUCUGCAGGGUCAUUUACCCAAUGUUGUUAUGGUACAGAAUGUCCCAUUCCCAGCUCUUCAAUGUAUCUGUGUAUCAUCUGACAUCACAAUGGCAACCUAUGUGUCCGAUAUAGGCCAGUUUCACAUUUGUCCUUGCCUGGCUUUUGAGCCUUUACACGAUGACUGGGUCUACUGUCACACUGACAAGCAAUAUGUCACUGUCAAACUUCCUAAAAAACUGACACAGAGUGUUGUAUACAGUCAUCCAGCCCAGAUAGGCAGGGACUGCUUUGAACAGGAAUUCUGGAGGUGUUGCAAGUCUUUGUCCAAGGCCUUGGGGAUGGGCAGUGUGCUACCUGGGAAGGGAAAAACUGAAGAGCUUUGUGCACUGGCUCUGUUAGAUAAGGCAGAUAUGUCAAAAAAUGGAACAAAGAGUUUAGUUAUGAGAGAACUUGCCCAGGUACUGCUCAGCUAUUAUCAUUAUGUCUGCAAUUAUACCUCCAUCACUCAACUGGUGAAUAGCCUCAUACUGUCACUGGGGGAAAGGGAGUCCAGUCUUCAAAGUCCUUCCUGUCGAAUAAAUUCAAUGCAGGAUGAUUUGAAAGAGCAUAUAGAAUGUUAUGAUGAAGGAACCACUAAGAUGGCUUCCUGGGAUAUUGCUAUCAAUACAGCCUUAACAUUGUUGCAGAUAGAUUCUUACAUACUGACUGGUAGCAAUUCAUCCAAUCAAAUUUUGUGAAACUUUGUUCAUGUAAGUUGAGGAUGGAUCAUAAAAAUAAUUCAUUGUUAGCUGGUGGUAUUUAUUUCAAAAUUUAUUGCAAAAUCCCGAUACACAUUGUAAUUUAAAAUCUAU